UCCAAGAUUACAAAGCUUAAAUCUUAGAAUUCGGCGACGGGUUAACAUCAUGACCGAAGUCUAUUGUGACCGAGGUCCCCAGACCUCUGUUCGUCUGAUGGAGAUAUCUUCAUCCAAGGCUCAUACUCCGUAUCUCUCGAACUAUCAUUUCGUACGUUGAAGACCAAUGGAGAACUUAGACAUUAUUCCACUGCCCAUAUGGGCAGCAUGUCUCGGCCUACUGUCACAUUGGCUAUACUUCAUUCGUGGCGAGCAUCAUAUGCAGGCUCCACUCUAUGGCUGUCUGUUCCUUGGUACCAGUGCAAUAGUUUACUACUUUGAAUUACAACUGCACGACCAUGAUAUCUUCCUUGCAAUCGCAGCCGAAGCCCAGCUUGAGGCCGCCUACCUGCUGGCAUUGUUUACGAGCAUGACCGGCUACCGAUUAUUCUUUCAUCCUCUUCGUCACUUCCCGGGCCCACUGGGUGCUCGGAUAUCCAAGAUCUGGCAUGUCUGGCACGUAAGACAUGCACAGAAUCAUCUUGUAUUGGAUAAAUUGCAUCAUGAGUAUGGUACAUUCGUGAGAACAGGUCCCCAAGAACUUACCAUCUAUUCCCCAGAAGCUCUUUGGGCCAUCAGUGGACCUGGUAGUAGCUGCACUAGACCCGACUGGUACGAUUCAGUAGCACCGUUGAAGAGUAUAGCCAAUGUGCGAGAUCCGGCUGAACAUGACAAGAGACGACGAGUAUGGGAUCAGGCCUUCGGCUCGAAAGCUGUCCGUAACUACGAAAGCCGCAUCACAAAAUACGGCGAUCAACUAGACCAACACCUCGCAUCUACAAAAGGCGCACCCGUUAACGUAUACGACUACUUUAGCUUCUACACCUCAGACGUAAUGAGCGAUCUCGCAUUCGGCAAAUCGUUCGGGAAUCUGCUAAACAAUACGUUCCAGCCCUCAGUGCAGGGAGUCCGGGAUUUUAUGGGAGUGUUUGGGACUUUGAGCCCGGUUCCUUGGUUCAUUCGUCUAGGGAGUGGGAUACUGAGGCAGUUGAAUGGGUGGAAGAGUUUUAUCGAUUUUACAAAGAGGAGCUUGGAUGAGAGGGUUAUGGUAGAGCCGUCAGUCCCAGAUGUUUCGUCUUACUUGAUCGGUGCCUCGAUGGAAAAGGGCACCUUAGAAGAGGACCGUGAUUUUCUGGAAGGUGAUGCAUUAGUCUUGCUUAUAGUUGGAAGCGACUCAAUGGCAACAACCCUAAUCAACACCUUCGCCAACCUAGCCCGAUACCCGCGAUACCAAUCCCUCAUUCGGAACGAACUGCAAACCCUCUCCUCACUCUCCAAUUUCUCCGCGCUUCUAGAUCUUCCCGUCCUGUCGAGCGUGAUCAUGGAGACGCUGAGACUCUGGCCUCCGAUUCCCACUGGGCCGGGUAGGAAAGUGCCAGAGGGUGGUUUGAUGAUUGGAGGACGGUGGGUGCCGGGUGGGACGCAUGUUUUUGCUCCACGGUUUACGAUUGCUAGAUUGGAAUCCUGCUUCGAACGUCCCACCGAAUUCGUGCCAGAGCGGUGGACGACGAAAGGGGAGAUGGUGAGGGAUAGACAUGGCUAUGCACCUUUUUCUAUCGGGAGAUAUAACUGUGUAGGACAAAAACUUGCGAUGAGGAACGUGUCGUAUCUGGUUGCUCUAUUGGUUUCUAAGUAUGAUAUUGAGUUGGCGCCUGGGGACGAUGGGACGAGGGUUGUGAGGGAUUUGCAGGAUAAUUUUACGAUGAAUCCGGGGAGGUUGGAUUUGGUGCUUAAGGUGAGGGGUGAGUAAAUGAGUAUAGGAAAGCAUGCACAGCAGAUAUUUAACAGAGCUGUGAUGACUGACUUCAAUGUCGUUUGCUC